AUGUCGACGACCCCCGCCCCGGCCCCGGCCCCGGCCGCCGCGAACCCACAACCCGUCUCGCGCACGUCGACGCUCUCGACCUCGGCCUCGGACAGCUCGUCCUCCGUCGAGCCGCUCUCGCCCUCCCCGCCGCCGACGCGCCCGCCGACGCAGCCCCAUUCGCGCGCGAACAGCACGUCCUCCAGCAUCCGGCCGAAGAUACCGUGGAACCUGUCCGGCAAGUCGAGCAAGUCGAAGGACGGCCAGCUCCCGCCGCCGAGCCCGGCCCUCUCCGCGCACGCGCCCUCCAAAUCCGCGUCGCGCCCUCCCUCUCGCCCGCCCUCCCUACGUUCCGAAGAAGUAGGCGGAGGAGGACAGAAGUUCACGCUGAAGGAUCUCCUCGCGAGCGGGCCGAAGCUCGCGCGCCGGAGCUCGCAGAAGUCGGGCGGGGGCAGUUCGCGCAAGUCGAGGGAGAGCGAGGACGGAGAGAGCGCGGGUAGCUUGCUGAAGAAGUACGGGGUGUGCGGGAAGGUCGCGAUCGGCAAGGGCGCGACGAGCGUCGUCAGGCUCGCGCACAAGUGGGACCGGAGCGAGGAGAAGCUGUACGCUGUCAAGGAGUUCCGCAAGCGGAGAAAGAACGAGACGGAGAAAGAGUACGUCAAGAAGCUCACCGCCGAGUUUUGCAUCUCGUCCACGCUCCACCAUGUCAACGUCGUCGAGACCGUCGACCUCGUCCAGGACGAAAACGCGCACUGGUGUGAGGUCAUGGAGUUCUGCCCGGGAGGCGACCUGUACGCAGCCAUCAAGCGCGGCGGGAUGUCGCCGAGCGAGGUCGAGUGCUGUUUCAAGCAAAUCUUGACCGGCGUCGCGUACCUCCAUGGCCAGGGCGUCGCCCAUCGGGAUAUCAAACCUGAGAACUUGUUCUUCGAUACCAAAGGCCAUCUCAAGAUCGGCGACUACGGCGCCUCGACGGUAUACCGCCUGCCCUGGGAAAAGACGGUGCACAUGUCGACCGGGCUCUGCGGCUCGGAGCCGUACAUCGCGCCCGAGCAGUUCCUCCACAAACCGUACGACGCGCGCCUGGUCGACAUCUGGGCCUGCGGCAUCGUCUACUACUGCCUCCUCUUCCAAGAGCUUCCCUGGCGCGUCGCCCAGCCCGCCGACCCGCUCUACGCCGCGUACGCCGCCGCCUGCGCCUCGGGCGCCCCCUCGCCCACCACGAUCUCCAACUUGUCGCCGCGCGCGUGCAGGCCGCUGAUCCGGCGCAUGCUCGAGCCCGAGCCGAAGAAGCGGAUCGUGAUCGAGGAGGCGGUCCAGUUUCCGUGGGUGCAGGAGAUCAGGACGUGUUACGACGAGGAGAGGCCGGGGCAUAUACAUGUGAACGCGCAGGCGUUGGCGCAGGCGCAGGUGACGGUCGUGUGA